AUGUGGAAAUCAAAUCCUAAUCCAUAUUCAGAUACAGAACCUGAACAAUGGGCACAAUAUUCAAAAGCUGAAUGUGACAUUCUUGAAAAAGCUUAUCAACAGCAACAAAAACAAGUUGAAUUUGAUAGUUAUAUAGUUGAUAUGGAAAACAAGCUUCAAAUAAAGAAAUCUGACAAAACCAGACAACGACCAAUAAAAAGAAUUGAAGUUGAUUCAGAUGUGAAUCUUGUAGAAAAACCAGUAUGGAUGUGGAAAUCAAAUCCCAAUCCAUAUUUAAUGGCUGAACCAGAACAAUGGACGAAUUAUUCAGAAGUUGAAUGUGAAGUUCUUGAAGAAGCUUAUCAACAAAAACAAAAACUAGUUGAACUUGAUGAUUAUAUAGUUGAUAUAGAAAACGGGUUUCACGCAAAGAAAUCUGACGCAAGCAAACAAAGACCAAUUAGAAGAAUUUUAGUUGAUCCAACUGCAAGACAUCUUCGUGAAGAACGUUUUUCUAUUUCUCAAAAACCUAUCAAAUCAGAUAGUGAUCAACAACACUUUUGUUUUAUUAUUGCUGAAUGGCUUCUUAAAAACAAAAAAGAUAAAGAUGACCAUCCAAAAUGGGUUGAACAAGCAGCAAAAGGAAUAUGUCAGGAAGGGUUAAAAACAUUUCUUUAUAAACUAAUAAAUAAAGCAUUAAGAGAAGAAGACAAAAGUAAAGUAGAUACAUUAGGUGCAUUUUGUUAUUAUAUAAGUUUAAUGAAUUAUACACAAGAAUUUGGUCCCAGUUUCCAUUCAAGUACGGUAUAUAGUGGUAUGACAUUGAGUAGAGAGGAAAUAAGUGAUUAUAAAGCAAGUAUAGGUAGAUAUAGAGCGUGGCUUGCAUUUAACUCAACAAGUAAAAUUCGUAGAGAAGUAGAAAUGUUUGGCAAUACAUUGUUUGUGAUUAAUUUCCUUGCUAUGUCAAGACAUGGAAGUGGAAUUGAUAUUACGCAUCUUUCAGAAUAUCCCUAUGAAGAAGAAGUUCUUUUACAAACAGGAACAAAUUUUCGAGUAGAUAAGGUUGAAGAAGACGGUCUUAAAUAUCGUAUUUACGUAACUGUUGUUUAA